AUGUUUCUGCCUCGCUCUCCUCGAUCCGCCAUGUCUGCCGUGGAAUGUAUGCAUCUUCGCCCGCGCAAGUUUGCGCCUCUGGAUCCAGCCCGGACAUCCAAUGCCCCGCUCUUGAAGGGAAUUGUCUUUGAUGUGGAUGGAACUCUGUGUCUACCACAGCACCACAUGUUCAACGAAAUGAGAGAAGCUCUAGGAAUCGACCGCUCAAUCGACAUCCUCCACCACAUCCGACAACUCCCAACACCAGAAGACCGCGCAGCAGCAGUAUCAAAGGUCCAAGCCGUAGAACGGCGAGCAAUGAUAGACCAACAACCGCAGCCCGGUCUACUCCGGCUAAUGGACUACCUUGAAUCUCGAGGUUUACGGAGGGCGCUUUGUACGCGAAAUUUCGAAGCACCCGUCAAGUACCUAGUCGACAACCAUCUCCCAACACACGUCUUCUUACCCAUCAUCACGCGGGACACACCCAAUCUCCUCCCGAAACCUGAUCCCGCUGGUAUCUUGCAUAUCGCAAGUGAAUGGGGGUUGGGUAAUCGGGCUGAGAGUAUGAUUAUGGUUGGUGAUAGCAUUGAUGAUAUGACAUCUGGGCAUAUGGCUGGUGCGGCGACGGUCUUGCUUCUCAAUGAGCGUAAUGUGCAUUUGAGGGAGCAUGCCCAUACUGAUCUUUGUAUUUCGCGGCUGGAUGAUUUGGUGGAUAUUCUUGAGCAGGGGUUUCUUGGGACUCGGGAGAAUGAUGAACAUGUCCAGUAG